AUGGUUCAUCUCUCAGCUAUUGUUGCCAUCGGCCUGACUGCUCUGACUGGCAUUGUGUCUGCUCACCCGGGACAUGAUGUUAAAGCUGAAGCUGCCGAGCGAGCUGCAUUCCUGAAAAAUGCCCCUGUUCACUCGCGCAGCCUUGCACAAUGUGCCUCUCGCCUUCAGCGUCGAGGCCAGCAAAGCCGAAACGUGGCCCGUCGCCACAUGGCCGUGAAGAACAUCCGUCGCCGCCUUGGUCUUCAGCCUACCAACCACUUGCUCAAGGCACGCUCCGAUAGCGCCCUGGAUACUUCGCAUCACUCCAAUCUCACAGGGGUGAAUUCUUCUACCGACCCCGAUGUAUUGUUUGGCACCGAUGCGACCUGCAUUCUCGGACCUGAGGUCACCCAGGGACCUUACUAUGUUACGGGUGAACUGGUUCGUAAAAACAUCGCGGAGUCCCAGGAGGGUAUUCCUCUCUACAUGGACAUCCAGCUGAUCGACACCAACACCUGCGAACCCAUUCCGGAGAUCUACAUGGACUUGUGGCACUGCAACUCCACUGGUGUCUAUUCUGGAGUCGUCGCCAGUGGAAACGGGAACUCUGACGAUGAGACCAACCUCAACACGACUUUCAACCGAGGUGUCCAGAAAAGUAACAAGGAAGGUGUCAUCCAGUUCCAAUCGAACUUCCCAGGCCAUUACACUGGCCGGGCAACUCACAUCCACGUCCUCACCCACCCAGCCAACGAAACCAAGGUCCUUGCAAACGGAACCAUCUCCGGCCUGUAUACCUCGCACUCGUCGCACGUUGGACAGAUUUUCUUCGACCAGGAUCUCAUUUCCGCCGUCGAUGAGGUCGCCCCGUACUCAACCAACACGCAGGAGGUGACGGCCAACGCCGACGACAGCAUUCUCGCUGAAGAACUCGAUACCAUUGACCCUUUCAUGGAAUAUGUCUAUCUAGGCGAUGACAUCUCCGAUGGAAUCUUCGCUUGGAUCACAGUUGGUAUGGACCCUACCCAGGACACCACUGUUACCCCUGCGGCUUAUUACACUGAGGAGGGCGGCAUUGAGAAUGAGAAUUCCGGUGCUCCAGGUGGUGGUGGUUCGCCCCCAGGCGGUGCCCCAAGUGGUGCUCCCCCAAGUGCCUCGGCCACGCCUCUCUAA